GUCAGUGCUGUACGAUAAGUUAGGCAGCUUCACUCAUUUCCUUCUCUUACCAAUCUCAAUCUUGCAUCAUUCUACCAAGACGGACUGUUUUGUGUUGACGCGCACCCUGUGACACUAACCUGAGAUGUGGCUGGAGGUGCUGGCGGCGGUGGUGGCGGUGGUGGUGGUAGUGUUGGGCUACAGCAAGUACAAGAGAGCGUAUUGGUCAUCCCGUGGUGUGCCCUGUGUCCCGAAAUCAUUGCCCAUCAUAGGACACUUGCCAAACUUCAUGAAGAAAUCAAGCUGGCUGUACAUGGAUAAGCUGUACAGAGAGCAGGGCGGCGACAAGGUACUGGGGUUGUAUUUCUUCCACAAGCCUCGCCUCUGUGUGGGCGACCCGGAGCUGGUGAAGGCUGUGCUGGUGAAGGAUUUUGACCACUUCGUUGACCGCCCCAGCAUAGGAGUUGAUUUCGGGGACGAGGACUACUUCAAUGAACUCCUGACGAAUAUCAAAGGGGACCACUGGAAGGGCGUGAGGUCCGUGCUGUCACCUUCCUUCACCUCGGGGCUACUCAAGACGAUGUUCCCGCUGGUGGAGGAGAAGGCUGAUCAUUUGGUCACAUAUAUCAAGCAACAUGUCGAAAACGGACGUUCGAUUUACCUAAAAGAAACACUGAGUCUUUACACUCUUGAGGUUAUUUCAUCGUGUGCCUUUGGGGUUGAAACCAGCGCACUGACAGACGGGGACUCAAUCUUCAAACAGAAAGUAGAUGCAUUGUCCACGAAUUCCUCCUGGAGAUUAGCAAAGAUAUUACUUGCUAUGAUGAUGCCGUGGGUCUGUAAAAAACUCAACAUUAGUCUCAGCACGCCAGAGAUCAAGUUCUUCAGGGAGGUGGUGGAGGAGACCAUCAAGAAGAGGGAGCAGGGACAGAAGCGCGGGGACUUCCUGGAUAUCAUGAUGGAGGCACGAGAGGACCAGAAGAACGCUAGUGCCAAGACGCCAAAAUACAAGCUGGAGAACAAAACAGUGGUGGCAAACUCUUUCCUCUUCAUCAUCGCGGGUUUCGAUACCACCUCCACCACCUUGAGCUUCGCCACCUUCCUUCUGGCCAGGUACAAGCACUACCAGGACCGCUUGAGGGAGGAGAUGAGGGGCAUCAUUAGGGAGAACGGAACGCUUACCUACCAAGAAGUGAUGGAGGCCAAGUUGUUGGAUGCUGUGAUUCAAGAAACGCUCCGAAUAUACCCACCUGCACACGCGACGGAAAGGCAAUGUACAAAGGAAUACAGGAUGGCCGAGCAUGAGGUCACCAUAACCCCGGAGGUGACAGUCGUGGUGCCAAUCUGGAGUCUGCACCACGACCCCCGCUACUGGGAGGCGCCUGGAACCUUCAUGCCGGAGAGAUUCCUGCCUGAGAACAAGGACAAGAUUGUGUCUGGUGCCUUCCUUCCCUUUGGUCUUGGCCCGAGAAACUGCAUAGGCAUGCGCUUCGCCCUGAUGAAAGCCAAGCUCGCCUUAGCCAAGCUGCUGCUGAACUUUCAAAUAAGCUGUGUGCCGGGCGAGGAGGAGCUGCAGCUUGACACCACGCCUGGACUGAUGAAGCCCGCCAAGACCACACGCCUCGUCUUCACGCCCCUGGAGUAGAGAGAGAGAGAGAGAGAGAGAGAGAGAGAGAGAGAGAGAGAGAGAGAGAGAGAGAGAGAGCACGGGUGACUUGUGGAAAUUUGACACACACACACACACACACACACACACACACACACACACACACACACACACACACACACACACACACACACACACACACACUGAAAUAAAAUGCGUCAAUGGUUCCUUUACACUUAUCAUGUUUUUAGGGAGAAAACUGCGUCUUGUGUGAUGUCAGGUAAAGUGAGAUGAUGGUGAUGCAUUCUUUUUUUUCCUUAGUGGUUGCUUAAUAGACUUUCAGGGAAAAUGAUCAGCGUGUUAAUGGUUAAAGGUAAACUUGAAGGAUAACAGAUAGAGAUAGAUAAGCAGAUGAACAGAUUGACUGAUAGAUAAGCAGGCGGACAGACAAAUAGAUAGAAAGAUGGAUAGAUAAAGAAAUAGAUAAUAUACGUAUAUAUAAUUGGAUACAAUAAAAAAACAACUUAA